AUGAAAAACUACUUUGCUGAGAGCUCCCACCUCCAGACCAACGACUUCAUCGGACUCUUGAUCUGGAUGUGCGGGUUUAUUCCUGCCGUUCUAAUCCGCCCUGAGAAGCUUCAAAUUCCAUUCUUCGUUUGUUUCGUCUUCUUCUGUGGAUCCUGCUUUGGGAUGUUAAUCUGGGCCGUCUCACAAGCUCAUGGCCCCGGCGACCUCUUCCAUGAGCCUGGCACAGCCCCUAAUACAGGAUGGGCCUUUAUGUUCGGUGUCACAGCUAUACUAGGUUCUUGGGGCUCAGGUACGUUAGGCCAAUCCGAUUGGGUGCGCUAUUCAAAGAGGCGAUACGCGCCUACGCUCUCGCAGCUAGUUGCAUGUCCGGCUACGAUUGCAAUCACGGCAACGAUUGGGAUCAUCGUCACAAGUGCCAGCAAUAAAUUGAUGGGCGGCGAUAUCCAAUGGAAUCCGAUCUACCUUCUUGCUGAUAUCCAGGAGUAUUACGGUUCCAGUCCUCGGGUGCGUGCGGGUGUGUUCUUUGCCAGUGUGGGUAUGGUCGCUUCUCAGUUUUCAAUCAGUGUCGUCCUGAACAGCGUCAGCUGCGGCAUGGAUCUCGCCGGUCUAUGGCCGAAGUAUAUCAAUAUCCGACGAGGAGGGUAUAUAAUGGCCAUCAUCGGGAUCGCCACUCAGCCAUGGCAGCUCCUCUCUACCGCGGACAAAUUUCUUUCCGUGCUCAGUGGAUUUGGCGUGUUUAUGGCUCCUGCAACGGGCCUAAUGCUGGCUGACUACCACCUCAUCCGGAGGUAUAGGCUUAAGCUCUCCGACCUGUACCGUGGCGACAGCACCAGCAUCUACUGGUUUCGCCACGGGGUGAAUUGGCGCGCCUUUGCAGCGUUCACGGCAGGGAUGUGGCCGCUUCUUCCUGGUUUGGCAGGAAACGUGAAUGGCUGGAAUUCACCACAGUGGGUUGGAUGGGUGCGCCUGUACAACCUUACCUUCCUGGUUGGGCUAGCGAUCGCCUUCUUGGUAUUCCUGGGGCUAAACUGGGUAUUUCCUGUGGUGGGUAUCGAUGAGACUGGGCCUUUCCUUGAGGUUGAGGAUGUUAUUGACGGCGUUGAGAAGUUGGGAGAUGUAUCUAGUUCUGUGAGGGGCGACGAUACAUAUCGGAAAAGAGCGGAGGCCUCUAUUGUUUAG